AAGCUCCCGUCCCACUUGAAAAUUUCGAAACGACAAACCUCUGUCUCUUCUCACAAGAUCCCGAUUGCGAUCCUCUUUGCGAUCCUCUCCGGCAAUCUCUUCCCCUCUUCUUCAGCCUCAUCCAAGCCUGCGGUCCUUGGGGCUUGCAGCGAGGCCAUGACACGUCGUCUCCUGUCCAGACCGUGACCUGAGCAUCAAACUCUAUUCUGCAAGAGACAAAGGAGCCGCCCGGCCUGGCCCUGCCUGGUUCUCUGACUGAUCGCCAUCGCCUGCAGGAAGCACCAGCUCCCAUCUGCGGAACAUCCACCCUUCUCUGCCCCCCCCCCCCAAGCGAACCUUCUUUUACUGCCUGCAACUCUUUACCAAGUCGACCGAGACCAGGAACAGGAUCAGCAUGGCUCCUAGCAAGUACAUCACGCUCGUCUCGGCCGAGGGCUACGAGUACGUCCUGCCACGUGAGGCCUGCCACGCCAGCAGGAUGCUCAAGACCUCGGUCGAUCCCGACAAGAACUUCAAGGAGAACCUGGAGACGGUCGUCAAUCUGCCUGAGAUGAAUGCCGUCGUCCUGGAAAAAGUCGUCGAGUACCUGCUCUACUGGUACAGAUACCAGGACAAGGACGACGUUCCGGACAUGGACAUCCCAGUCGACAUGUGUCUCGAGCUGCUGACGGCCGCCGACUAUCUUCAGAUGGACAGUGAGCACAUGCCGCAGCCGUCGAGCAAGAGGUCAUGAGAGCUGACCCUCUCGCAAAGACCAGUUUCGAUGAGGUGACUGCCCAUCUGGGUUUCUUUCUUUUCAUCUCAUGUCUUUAGCACUGCGGCGUUCAGGGUGGACAACACGGUUUCGGGCCACACGGCACAAGGCGGGCGGUAAGCGUCUGGGAACAACCUCCGUGGUCCAAGGCGAUACCCUCUCUGGUCAGACAAGAACAAAUGUCAAUUCCAUGGCACACUUCGGCCAUCAAGUGUCAAAUGGUUCAUUUGCACACAGCCAGAACAGGCAACACGUGACAUUGUAGCGGCCUCGGAAAAAAGACAAAGGAAAAAGGGGUUGCCCAUCUUAGCAUAUGCGAUCAACCUUUCUCGCACCCGUGGGUUGAUUGUCUAAAACGGAUGGAAGAUUGAUUAUUCUUCUCCCCCACACUCUGCUUGACUCACAUUGCCCCGUUGAGAUCUCGCUUUUUCAGAGGGGAGACAGUUCAUGUUAAUAUAGGAUUGAUACAACUCCGGCACUCCAGUCGGGAGGGAACAAUAAUCAUAGAGAAAUUGCAUUUUAGCAUCUUUGGAAA